AUGAGCGAGAGCGACGCUGGUCACUACCCCAUUGGGAAGACACUUAGACUUGGAACAAAGAUCGCAGGGUUCAUCACCGUCGAGAAUCACGGCGAUCGACAGCAACAGCCCUUUGAACUCGGCGCUGGGACAAUCGUGGAUGUCCAAAGUGUACGACUUAAAUCAUCCGAGCAUCACCACUUGCCAGGAGCACAGGAGCCGAGCGCAAGCGACUACGAAUACCUCGUCCAUUCUGACAUCUAUACUGUCAUUGGCAACAUAUAUGCACCUGAAGGCAAAGCACUCGACGGUGUCCGAGGACGGACAAGGACCUACCCUAUUUGCCACACUCAACUAGCCCCUGUUGGUCGCAAAAAAGGGGAGUUGGCCCCCGAUGGCGUGUGCAGGCACCCCCUCCGCCCGGGGGAAUUUGCAAAAGUCAUCAACGAAGACACUGAUGACUAUACAGGAACAAAGCAAGGGGGUGUCGGCCAAAAAGUUCCGGCUAGAGGGUCGAAAAAUCUUUUCUCAGGAUUUCAACCUGAACUACCUAGGUAG